AUGAACUGCUGUCGUCUGGUUCUCAUCACUAAGGUGGCCGGACUGGUAGAUUUGGAUCCUCCGUGUUUGGGAUUCCAGUGGCAUCCGGGGGAGGAAAGUACUUCAUUCCAGAUCUGCACCACCCACCACGUGCAUGGCUUCUGCAACUCCGACAGCAUUCUCCCGGCCUCCAGAAAAGUUAGGAACAAAUCCACGCAGAUCAGCCAGACCAAGAUCCGCGUGGCGUCCACCCUGCUCUUCAUCCUGGCCGGCUGCAUCCUCUUCGUCACCCUCCCGGCCGUCAUCUUCAAGUACAUAGAGGGCUGGACCGCGCUGGACUCCACCUACUUUGUGGUCAUCACCCUCACCACCGUGGGCAUCGGGGACUACGUGGCAGGGGGAAAUCGCCGGAUCGAGUACAUGAAGUGGUACCGGCCCCUGGUGUGGUUCUGGAUCCUGGGAGGGUUGGCUUACUUCGCCGCCGUGUUGAACAUGAUCGGGGACUGGCUCAGAGUUCUGUCCAAGAAGACCAAAGAAGAGGUGGGGGAGAUAAAGGCCCACGCCGCGGAGUGGAAAGCCAACGUCCGGGCGGAGCUGAGAGAGACUCGGAGGCGGAUGAGUGUGGAGGUCCACGACAAGCUGCAGCGGGCGGCCACCAUCCGCAGCAUGGAGCGCAGGCAGCUGGGGCUGGACCAGCGAGCCGUGUCCCUGGACAUGCUUUCUCCAGAGCGCAGAGCCAUCUUCAACAGUCUGGACACCAACAGCUACAAGACCUCGUCCCAAGAGAGCAUCGACAUCAAGCUCAACAACCUGCGAGUGCGCGGGGCCGAGCAGAGCGACCGGCCAUCCAACCAACAGGCUACCUCAGAGGACAACAUCUUCAACCGCCUGGGCUCCGUCACCAAACUGGCCAAACGCAGCCGCAACCUGAAGAAGAACAUCCCGGACGAGGCGCGGCGUCCCCACAGCGAGGCGUACGGCUGCAGCUCCCCCAUGUUUGAAUGUAGCACGCCCACUAGCGAGGACAAAUGCAAGGACGAUCCCGAAGACGAGGACAAAGAGUGCAACAUGAGCCUGUCCGACUUCCCCCUCUACGUGCCUCAGAACACUUUCACUGUGGAGACCCCCAACGACAGCCACAACCACAUCCAACUGGAGGAUCUCCGCGGGGACAUGGGCCUGUAG